GCAAUCAAAUAAUAAAAUUGAAUUAAUUAACAAAUCAUAGCUAUGUUUUGAUCUGUCAAUCAAUCAAUCAACAACAAAAAAAAACAACAUGAUUCGUUUGACAAUCAUAUUCUGUUUGAUAAUUCAAAUUUUCUGCAUAACCGAUAAAAUAAAUGAACGACGAAUAUUGUUACCGUAUAAUGAUGGAGUGCCGACAAAUUUUACAUUGGAAACUUUUGGCGAUGAAAAUUCUUGUUAUAAAUGGUCUAGUUCACGAUCGGAUAUUGCAUCAGUGAAAUUAUUGUUAGAUCCAAUCACAUCAUCAACAGCCACCGCCAUAACUCAAUCUUGUUCGAAACGUGCCUUGGUCACUGUAGUUUCAAGAAUACCAAAACAUCAAUCUACAGUGAUUACUGCACAUGAUCUCAAAACUAAUCUACAAAUUCGUUGUGAUGUUGAAGUGGAUGCUAUUUCAAGAAUUGCCAUUCAAACAACAACAAAAGAAAUUGUUUAUGGUGAACUGCCCGAAACUAUACGAAUAUUUGCCUAUUCCGAUAAAAAUGAUAUGUUUACAUCUAUUGGUGGAGUUUCAUUUGAUUGGACUUUAAUUCCAACCGAUGUUAUACGAUAUCGUCCUUGGUCAACAUCAUCGUAUGCAGCACCAGAUUUUGUUGAAUAUUGGGAAACACGUGGUCGAAAAAGUUCAAUGAUUUUAGUUGAAGGUGUAAAAACUGGUUCAGCGAAAAUUCGUGCCACACUUAUCAGUGAUAAUGAAUUUAUCAACAAAGUUAAACCAGCCGAAAUUAAUAUACAUGUUGUUGCCAAUCUUUUAUUACUUCCAUCAAAUGAUGUUUUUAUUGUUCCUGGUGCUACUAUACAUUUUAGAGCUGAAAUUUCUAAACAAGGUCCACGUGUAUCAUUACAAUUUCCAAAUCAACAAUAUUAUCUUGAAGUAUAUGAUUCAAAUAUUGCUACAUUUGAUGAAGAAACUAAUAUACUUACAGCAUUAAAUGAAGGUCAUACAACAUUAGUUUUAAAAGAUCGUAAUAUGAUUUCAAGUAAUGAUUCAUCAUCAUCAUCAUCAUCAUCUGAAGAUGUAUUAUUUAGCCGAACACGAACAGAUAUUCAUGUUAUGCAACCAAGUUAUAUUUUAAUGUCAAUCGAACCAGGUGAUCGUUUUCAAUUAGUUACCGAUUUUGAAUAUCAACUUCAAUUAUCAUUAUAUGAUAAUUCACAUAAUCUUUUACAUCCAUCGGAUAAUUUUAAUUUUGAAUUACAAAUGGAAGAUGAUGAUGAUAAAUUUUUCGAAAUUCUUGAACAUACUUUGAACAAAACUAUUUAUCGUAUUCGUACUAAAGAAAAAAUUGGCAUGACAAAAUUAUUGGCUUAUUUUCAUGGUGCAGGUGAUUAUCGUCUUGUUGAAUCAUUAAUUCAUCAACAAGAUGUACAAAUUUAUCCACCAAUUACAUUAUCACCGAAAGAAAUCUAUUUACCAUGGCUUCCUACUUCUAAUAAUGAUUCUUUAUCAUCAAAAUCACAAUCAAUUUAUACUGUACAUGUUGAAGCUACCGGUGCAACUGGUAGUGAAUAUAGUUGGCAAUCUACUGAUGAAUCAUUAGCUAUUGUAAAAUUUUCAUCACAUAAAUCCACUCGUGCAACUAUUCAUCGUCAAUCAUCAUUAGGUGAUGUUUGGAUUAUUUGUAAUGAUAUACAUAAUUCAUUAAUAUUUAAUUCAAAAAUGUUGAUUCAAGUUCUUCCAAUCGAUGCAUUGGAAAUUUUACCAUCAAUCGUUGAAACACAUAUUGGUGGUGAAAUUCUACUACCAAUUGCUGUUAUUGGAUUUAAAAAUGAUAAAAAAUAUUAUUUUGAUGAUUGUUCGAAAAUUAUGUUCAAUGUUGAUAUUGUUGAAAAAAAUCGUAUCCAUUAUAAUCAUGAUCAAUUUAUACCGGGUACUGGACAUAAAUCAUGUCGUUCAUUAUCAUUUGAAUGUAUUCAAUCGGGUAAUACACGUAUAACAAUUAGUUAUAAACAUUUAGAUCAAGAAAUUUCUACACAUGCUAUAAUUGGUUGUUAUAAACCAUUGAAAAUGAUUCAUCCUGUAAAAGAUCAAAUGAUUAUUCUUUCACUUGGUGCCGGUAUUGAUUUAGCAUUUGAAGGUGGACCACGUCCAUGGUCAAUGUAUCCUGAAGGACAUUAUAUUAAAGCUAUUUCAAUUAAUAAUUCAAUUUUAGAAUUAAUAGAAAUACGUGAUCGAUAUCGUUAUAAUAAAGAUCUGCAUAUUUUUCGUGCAUUUUGUAAUGAAUAUGGUGAAACAGAAAUUGAAUUUAAAGUUGGAAAUAUUGUAUCACCAACUUUAUUGAAUCCAGCAUCAACAAUAACAACGGUUCAUAUUAAAUGUUCACGUCCGGAAACAUUAAUCAUUAAACCAAAAUCCAAAUCAACAUGUCCAAAUCAAGAUGUACAAUUUUCAUUGGAAAAAAAUCGUUCACAUGAAUUAGAAAUUAAUGUUUUCGAUCAACAAGGAAAUUCAUUCUAUAAUUUUUCAACACUUUAUUUUGAAUGGUCAAAAGAUUUAUCGGAUGGUAUAUUCGAAGAAAGUAAUCGUGUUCUUGAAGAAGUGAAUGGUGCACGUGGUUUUUUUGUUCUAACCAGAUCAUAUCAAAUAUUUUCACGAAUUCCUGAUUCAUUAAAAACUAUACGAAUUCGUUGUCGUAUUAUUGGUUAUCAACAACAACAACAACAACGUAGACAUUUUUCCGAUCAAUUUGAUAUUCGAAGAGAAAUUGAAUUAAUUUUUUUAGAUCCAUUAACAGUAACCGAAGAAAGUAUUACCAUAUUAAAACAUUUAGAUUAUAAAAAAAUAUUGACCAUUGAAAAAGGUUCUGGACAUUUUACUAUUGAUUGGAUGGAAAAACAAAAUAUAAAAAUUGAAUUUGCUGAAGAUGAUAAACGUAAAUUUAUUAUUACACCUAUUCAAAUUGGUACUGGUAUGAUUAUUAUCAAUGAUCUUUGUCUUAAUUAUCCAACAUUUAUGUUACCAUAUUCAAUUGUUGAACCGAUUGAUAUUAAAAUACAAAUGAUGGAUAAAAUUGAACUUGGUCGUUCGGUUCAAGGAUCAUUUUAUAUUGUUGAUAAUCGUGGAAAUCGUAUUGAUUCUUCAUUACAUAAAUAUCUUGAUUUAGUUAUUACAAGUUCGAAUAAUUUAUUGAAAAUUGAUGAAAUCAAACCAAAAGAUAAUUAUUUAUCAAUAUUUACUGUACGUGCAGAACGUUUAGGUUUAUGUAAAUUAUUGAUACAAACACAAUCAUCAAAAAUUCGUUCACCAUUGUUAGCCGAAAUUGAAUUACAAAUAUUUUCACCACUUCGAAUUAUACCAAAUAAUAUUACAUUAAUUGUUGGUAAUGUAUUUCAACCACAAUUUAUUGGUGGACCACAAACACAAAAAAAUAUUGAAUUUGAAUUAGAAGAUUCAAAUAUAGCAAUUACAACGCCAAUAGUUUAUGGUCCAAAUGGUUUAAUAAAAGCAUUGAAAAAUGGUAAAACUCGUUUAACUGCUCGUGUAACCAGUAUUGAUAAUUAUGAAUAUUCAAGUGCUCAAGCUGAAAUUUAUGUUACUCCGUUGAAAAAAAUUCAAAUUUGGACACCAAUCAAUCAGGUUAUUGUUGGUUCUUCAAUACCGAUUUAUUUGAUUGGAAAUUCGGAUGAACAUGAAAAUCCAUUUAUGUUUGGUCAUUCACAACCAUCGCUGAAAAUAAGUUGGUCACUUUCGAAUGAAAAAAUUGGUACAUUAGAAAAUUCAUUUCAAAAAGUUGGUAUUUAUGAUUCGAAUGAAAUUGCUAUACGUUUUACGGCACAUUCAAUCGGAACAGUUAUGUUAAAAGUUAUGGUUGAAGUAACAUCAACAUCACGUGAUCCUCUUUUCGAACAAAUUGUUCGUAAUCGACCAUUAACAAAUUCAAUACAGAUACAAGUUUAUCCUGAAUAUGUUUUAUCAGUAUCAUCACCAAUGGAUUCAUUUACAAAUAUUAAAGAUCAACCAAACAAACAAUUAACUGGUCGUGCAUUACUUAUGUCACCACAAUCUGAAUUAUUAAUACAUCAAAAUUCAAUGGAUAAUAUUGAUUAUCGUAUAUGGAAUGAAUCAUCACAUAUAAAAUUGAUUAAUAAAACUGGUAAUCUAAUGUUACAAGCUGGUAAUCAAUUAGAAUUUGCAACAUUGAUUAUUGAACGUGAUUUACAUCGAACUAGUAUUAUGGAUUAUUUUACUAAUAUUAUACAUGUAGAUAAAGUUCGAUAUCUAUCAAUGGAUCUGGAUCCAUUACAAUAUCCUAUGGAACAUAUGCAAACAACAACAUUAAUUAAUUUAGCAUCAUCAUUUCCAAUUGGAUCAGAAAUAUUAAUGGUUAUACAUUUUUAUAAUCAAUUGGGAAGGAAAUUUGAUUCAGUAAAAUCAAAUCUAAAAUGGUUAAUGUCAAGAAAUGAUAUUAUUGCUAUAAUAGAAUCACCAGAUGAUUCUGCACAAUCAAUUCGUAUUCGUUCACUUAAAUCUGGUUCAGUUAUUUUAAAAAUUUGGGAUGAUGUUAAUCAUGUUGAACAAUAUUAUAAAAUUAUUGUCGAUUUUGCUAUAACAACAACAACAACAAUGAUUGAUGCAUUACCUAUUGAUGAUUCAUCAUCAAUCAUACAAUUACAAGUUGGUGAUGUAAUUUGUAUGCGAACCAGAUAUGAAGAUCAACAACAACAGAAUGGUUUUUGGAAUUUAGAUCAACAAGAUUCAUUAAUACCGAUUGGUUGGAUAAAUCCUAGAAUUGGUUCAUUAUUAGCACUUAGUCCGGGUAAAGGUACUAUUGUUUAUAAUCAUUCUUUAACUGGAAUUUCAACAUAUCGUCCUAUACAAAUUUUACCAAUCAAACAAGUUUUAUUAAAUUCAGAUGGUCUGAAUGGUCUAAGUACUACUUCAAAAUAUAUUAUUCCUAUUAAUGUUUCUGGUUUAUCAUCAUCAUCAAAACAAACAAAUUCUGGUUGUUCGGGAAUAGAUUCAAAAACAUUUACCAAUAUUGAACCACUUAUACCAUUUACUUGUGAUAUUUCAUUUUCAGAUGGUGGAUAUAUUGAUUCACUUUGGAAUAUUGAAAUUCAAUAUAAUAUACAAUAUGGUUGUUGGUGUUGUUUAAUAACAACUAAAAAAAAUCUUGAUUUAGAUUCAUUAUCAUUAUGGCCAAAUCGUAAUGUAACUAUAACUGUUGUUGUAACAACAUUAGUCGAUACAAUUCUAUCAACCGAUCAUCAUCAUCAUCAUAAUGAUAAUAAACAAAUUGAACAACAACAACUUUUCAAUUCAUUUGGUCUAUUUCAUCAAAUACAAAUUCCAUUUUAUCCAGAAUUUCGAACCAAUAUAAAACAAAUAUUAUUAACAUCUGAAUCACGUGAUGCUCGUUUUAUUGUUCAUUCAGUUUUAAAUGUUUUAGAAGAUAUUAUUAUAAAAUCAUCAAAUGAUGAUAUUAUUUCAAUACAAAAACAAAUGAUCAACAAUGAACAAAAUGAUGAUGAUCAACCAUCAUUAUUUUCCAAUUCAAUGCGCAUUAUUGUUUCGUUAAAAAAUUCGGAUAUUUUUUCCAAUGAUGUUUACAAUCUUCAUCUAAUACUUUAUUCAUCAUUAAUAAAUCAAACGGAAAAAAUACCCAUACAAUUAAAAUUAUUUGAACGAUCAACAAUAUUCGGUGUAAAUAAUCUAUCCGGACAAUUACUAAACGGUUACUCAAAUACAACAUUAGAAACAUUUUAUAAAUUUUCAUUAUUAAUUAUGACAAUAAUUUUAGCAUUUGCUAUUUAUGUUAUUGGAAAAAAAUUUAUACUUGAUCAACAACAACAGCAGAAAAUAAUUUAUCUUGAUUCAUCAUCAUCAUCAUCAUCACCUUUAUUACAACAAACAACACCUAAAAGAGUCAUCGAUUAUAAUUGUACACCAACAACAACAUCUGGACAUUCAUUUUCGAUUUUUGGAUCACAACAACAACAACAAACUCCUUUUGCCGCUACUCAAUCGUCCACAAUGAUGCGUUCACCAAAUGAACAAAAUCGAUCCAGAUCUUCAUCACCAUUAUCAUCACCAAGAGUUGGUCGACCUUUAUAUUCAACACGAACAAUUUUCACUUAAAUUUUUCGCAUUUGGUUCGCAUAAAUCAUGUGAUUUUUGCUUAUUUUUUUCUUUCACUAUUCUGUGUUAUAUUCAUUUAAAUUUUGCUCAUUAUCAUCAUUAUCAUCAUCA